AUAAAAAUAAAUAAAUAAAGAGAACAAAAAUCUGAGAUAAUAAUAUACUGCUGCAAGCCAAAGCGAAACAAAAACCAAAGCUCAAAUCCCUAUAAAAUUAAUUUAAAAAGAAAAAAAAUAUAUCUGAAACUCUAUCAUCUCAUUUCUUUAACUAUGAAUCCUUUCUAUUUAUUUCGAAAAGGUUUUGGUUAGAGUUAGUGGAACUCGAGGGUGUAUCCUCUGCUUUAGUUUCUUUUAUCUAUGCAGAAUCUACUUUUUCCUUUUUAUACAUUUAGUAAAGAAUGAGCUUAUCUAAGAAAGGGAUCCAAAUUAGUGACACAAAACUGAAUACCCCUAGCAAGGUAACAACUUUGAAUCCUAAUGCAGCAGAGUUCGUUCCUUUUUCUCUUAGGUCACCAUCUUCUUCAGGAAGCACUAUUGCGGCUGAUGCAACAAGGUUUGCUAUUUCUAGAACCUUAGGAAAAGCAGUUCUUGAUCGGUCUGAGUCUUCUAUUUCAAAUAAUUCCGAUGAUGAGGCUCAUCAGUUCUGGCGUUGCCAGCUCCCUGAUGACAUUACUCCAGACUUUAAGGUUAUUAACGAGGAUGAUUCUCAAGGAAUUGGACCUGGGAGCCUCUCUUUAGCAGGUUUAUCCUUGCAUGGUGACAGUGAAGCGUCAAGGUUUCCUGCUUCUGCUGGUGGUGGAUAUAUAUUUGAUAAUCAGCAGCAACUACUGCAUCAUAAUGGUAAUGGCAGUAACAUCGCUGAAAAAUUGAGACAUCCUGCUUCAUCUUAUGGAAAGAAUCCUACUGCAGCUAGUUUUCUACCUUUGCAAGCCAAACCUUGGGACAAGCAACUUGUUAAUAGUGAUCAGCUACUUAGCAAUCGGAGGGAGGGACAACCAUAUAGUGGAAAUUCUAGACAUAGAUUUGUUAAUGAUUUGUUGGGGGAGCAGACCAUUAUGGAUGGUCCUGAAAUGAAUCCUGUGGAAUUUUUGGCUUCUCAAUUCCCCGGACUAGCUGCCGAAAGCCUUGCUGAAGUUUAUUUUGCCAAUGGUUGUGAUUUAAAUCUGACUAUUGAGAUGCUCACACAACAUGAGCUUCAAGUUGAUGGUGGUUUCAACCAGAACCCGAAUUCAAAAACCUUGUUGGCUCCCAAUCUAAGUACGCUAGGCUUCCCAGUUACUGUGUCAGAUGAUCAGAGUGGUGCUACAAAAUAUGCAGGGGAUGAUCUUCAACUUAAUGUUGAUCCUUAUCUAUCAUCUGACAAGGACAACAUUCUUAUUUUCAAAUCCAACUCUUCUCUUCCAUCUAGAGGUGCCAUAGAUUUUGUACCAGGUAUCAGGAAAAUGGUAUCUCAAGAUUCUGGAGUAUGGAAGUAUGAUAGAAAUGGUUCUGCCAAUUCGACUGUUGGGUCUAGUAGAAGUUCUCAUGGGUUGGCUAAUACCUUCAGUCUUGCACCUGGAAGAGGGGUUUACGCUAAUAGGUUGCAGACACGUGUUCAUUCAGAUCCUGCUUGGCUUGAAACUGGAGAUGCAGUCGCAAAUUUAUACCCUGAACUGCGGGAAGACGCUCAAGACCAUGCACGAUCUCGUAACGCAUAUUUUGACCAGGCACGUCAAGGAUUUCUCACUGGCAAUAAGGCUUUAACAAAGGAACUUAGCGUGAAAGGACAACUGCAAAAUAUGCAUAUGAAGGCAACUCAUGGAAACACUCAAGAAUCUUUAUUUCGCCAGAGGAACCAAGUUCCUCCUGAGAUUGUUGGAGGGCAGGAACGGAUCAUAGACCUGCAUGGAUUGCCUGUUAGUGAAGCCAUUCAUAUGCUGAACUAUGAACUAUCAGUGCUCAGGAGAACAGCUCGGGCUGCAGAUCAGCGCCUUCAGGUUUACAUAAGUGUUGGAACUGGCAACCAUGCUAGGGGUUCUCGUAUUCCAGCAAGACUUCCAGUUGCCAUACAACAUUAUCUCCUUGAAGAAGAGUGCCUUGACUUUACCGAACCACAGCCGGGACUACUUCGAGUUGUGAUAUAUUGAAGACCUGGACUCCACAGCACGAGUUCUAGGAGUUUUUGACACAACAAGAAAAAAAAAAGGAAAAAAUCCGUUGAAAAGUAGCCAUUUUUGUAUCUAUACAAGGGAAGGAAAUGGAAAAGGAAGCAUUUAAAGUCCGAAAAAAAAAUCGAAAAAAAAAGGGUUGGUAAAAAAAGAAAAAAAGAACAGAAGUAGCAGAAGUGUAUGAUUAAUGUUUAAAAAGGUUAGAUGAGAAUAGCAAAUGCAUUUUGGUAGAGCAUCAGGGGAGGGCGAGGCUGAGUCUAGCCGAUAACUUGUUUUUCUCCGUUUUGUUAAUUUUGUAUCUUAAAUUUAUACUUUGUUAAAUUACUUCUUGAAUUACAUCAUGAUUGUAUGAUUCAUGAAAAUUAAACUAUUGUGCUAAAUGCUGAAAACUUUUCAUUAUUA